CAUCAAAAAUAUAGGGAAUGAAUCAAUCUUAGAGAGAGAGAGAAAGAAAGAAAGAGAGAGAACUCCACAAUUGCCUGCUCGUUGUCUAAUGAGCAGUUCAGCGAACUGAUAAAACUCCAGAUCUCUAUUGCUAUUCGGUGAAUUGGUGUCUCCUUUGAGAAUUUUGCGAUUGAUCUCUCUUGAUGGAGCCUCUCAUUGGCGGCAAGUAUCGGCUUAGUCGUAAAAUCGGAAGUGGAUCGUUCGGAGAGGUGUAUCUUGGAACCGAUAUACGGACAAAUGAAGAUGUCGCAAUUAAGCUUGAAAAUGUGAAGACAAAGCAUCCUCAGCUACAUUAUGAGACGAAACUGUACAGAGCUCUUCAAGGAGGAACUGGCAUUCCUAGUGUGAAGUGGUAUGGAGUGGAGGGCGAAUAUAAUGGCAUGGUGAUGGACUUGCUUGGACCUAGUCUUGAAGAUUUGUUCACUUUUUGCAACAGAAAACUUUCGUUAAAGACUGUUCUCAUGCUUGCGGAUCAAAUGAUCAACCGUGUUGAGUUUGUACAUAAUAAAUCAUUUCUCCAUCGGGAUAUUAAACCUGAUAAUUUUCUCAUGGGCUUGGGAACACGUGCAAAUCAGGUCCAUAUUAUUGACUUUGGUUUGGGUAAGAAAUUUAUAGAUUCAGCAAACAGGCACAUUCCUUAUAGAGAUAACAAAAAUUUGACUGGAACUGCAAGAUACGCCAGCGUGAACACUCACUUGGGAAUUGAACAAAGUAGGAGAGAUGAUUUAGAGUCGCUUGGUUUUGUCCUUAUAUACUUUUUAAAAGGAUGUCUUCCUUGGCAAGGGCUAAGAGCUGCCAAUAAAAAACAGAAGUAUGAGAAAAUAAGUGAAAAAAAAGCUUCCACGUCAAUUGAGUCCUUGUGUAGGGGAUACCCAUCAGAAUUUGCAUCAUACUUCCAUUAUUGUCGAUCUCUGAGGUUUGAUGACAAACCAGACUACUCUUAUCUGAAGAGGAUUUUCCGUGAUCUUUUUAUUCAGGAAGGUUUUCAGUUUGAUUAUGUGUUUGACUGGACCAUUUUGAAGUAUCGGCAAUCUAGCCAACCACCUCGAGCUCAAGACUCUGGUGCUGGAGUGAGCACUGAAGUAGUACCACCACCCCCUGGUUUUACUCAUACGGUUCGGCAGGCAGGUAUAUUUUCAACAUCAGCCCCUUGGAAAGCUUCUUCUGGGCCACAUGCAAAUCUUGAAGGUUUAUCCAAGCAGAAGGGUCAUGUUCCAAGUGAAUCAACUAGCAAAAAUGUGCCAUAUCUUUCAGGGUCUAGAUUUUUUUCAAGACCAAAACGAGCUGUAGUGUCUGGUUUGGGAGGAGAUUCUGAUCCUUCCAGUCAUGUCAUAAACGAGUCUAGUCCAGGGGCUAAACUGAAAGUAUCUAAUGGCCGAAAAGGUUCGCCUGUUGGGCGUUCAUCAGAUCUGAAGGGAAAAUCUGGUAGGUUAGGCAAGAACUUGGACUCUUCUGCAAUCUACAAGGGGAUAGACAUGCUGAAUUUUGGCAAGGAUGAUAUUUUUCCUUAAAAUAGUUUUGUUGAAAGUAAUUUGAAAAUUCAUGUAAAUCAGUCGAUGAAUCAUGUUGGUAUGGAGGGUUUGGUUUGAUUUUGUAUACUUUAGUAUACUUAUGGAAACCAAUCCUUUAUUUUGACCACUUGAGGGGAGGGAUCUAAAAGGCCAUUAUAGUUUGGAGUGUAAAUUUGUCAUGUUAGAGUCACACCUUGGACAAUUCAUAUCGGUCAUGUGACCUUUGGUAAUGUACUACAUUCUUAUUUUUGUUCAUAAUGAGGGCUAAAUUGCUACAAUUAUCUUUCUUA